AUGACUGAAAAUACAUACAAUUUUAGAGGCCGUGAAAUAUUGAAUGUAUUUCCUCGUGAAUCCAUUGAGUAUGCUAUGGAUUACAAGCACCGGGAUUGCGAUCGUAUACUCAUAUCGUAUCCGCGAUCGGGUAGCAAUUGGAUACAAUAUAUAUGUGAUCUGAUACUAAAUAAUGGUCAACCGGUUCAGAAAAUUACUCAAAUCAAGUACAGGUUAGAGUUUGUCGGCAAACAAGUUAUCGAUAGCCAAUCGGACAAAAAGGUGACAUUUAUUGCCACACAUUUGCCGCCCGAUAUACUGACCAUCAAUGCUAAUACCCGGUAUAUGUUUGCCAUACGUAACCCUAAAGACAUGAUCGCAUCGUUAUAUUAUUAUCUAAGAGACAUGCGUUGGAUAUCUGAGGAGUCGAUCAACGAUUUUCAUCAUUUUUUUAAACUGUAUAUCAAUGGCCAUAACUACCAGAACUAUAUGGGAGACUAUUUUGAGUAUGUGCUCAGGUAUUGGCAGCUCAGGGAUCGGGAAAAUUUUGCAGUUAUUAUCUACGAGGAUAUGAUCCGGGAUUUACGGAAAUCGGUUAUAGAAAUUGCACAGUUUUUGGGACCCGACUACAGGGACAGUGUACUGGCAAUGGUCAACAUUGAUGAUGAUUAUGGCCAACAGUCGGAAAUACUGGCCGACCGUAUUGUCAGGAUGUCGUCAAUUGGUUUGGUUAAGACAACGUAUAAUAAUUCACAACUAAUACGUAAAGGAGUUAUCGGCGAUUGGAAACAAUUGUUUAGUAAAGAGGAAAGCGAUUUAAUUGACCAGAAAGUGGCCAAUGAAUGGAAGGGUACGGGUCUGGAGUUGGUGUGGGAAAGGGAUAUGAAAUGGGAAUCAUAA